CACUGAUCUGGGGUGGGCGGGAGGCCUGUGGGCGAGGAAAGUCUCCUGCCAGCUGUGUCGGAGCUACCGCAGUCCGGCUCCCGCAGUCCCCUCAGCCGCACACAGAUGGACACCCUUGCAACCCAGGGCCCCACUGCGAUGGACUGGUGGAGGGACAAUUUCUGGAUCAUUCUAGCCGUGGCCAUCAUCCUCGUCUCCUCGGGCCUGGGCCUCAUCCUGUAUUGUGCCUGUCGGCAGCUGCUCAGGCAGGGCAAGAAGUGGGAGAUUGCCAAGCCCUGGGAAGACGAGCAAAGGGAUGAAGAGAAGAUGUACGGGAAUGUUCCUAACAAACCAUCGGUUCAGUUACCCCCUCUGCCGCCCAGGGGUUUGCUUUUUCCGGAACACAAAUUCCCACAGGACACCCCAAGUGAGCCACCAGCUACGUACUCGCGGGUCAACAAACUUAGAGACAAGAAGACCGCGUCCAUCCCGAGCUACAUUGAGCCCCUGGACGAUUACGAUGAUGUUGAAAUCCCAGCACAUAUGGAAAAGCAGCGUUUCUGAGACCCCCUGGCCCUUCUUUGCCGGCAAGUUGAAGAGGAUUCACACAGCUUUUUCAACCCACUGAGAACAGAUGAAUCCCAACAGAGAGCGGGGUCCCGAGAGCCCGGGGUCAUGUCGUGGAGCUCUAGAGGACAGAGCUUGUGGCUUAGAGCCAGAAGCACCAGCAUCCAGAGGAACAGGGGCCAAGCUCUGCCCUGGAGACUCCAAAGGCUCAGGCCUUGAACCUUGAACCUCCCCGGGAGGACCUCUGGGUCCAGUG